AUGCAAGAAAAGGAUUUCCGUCCCUGCUCUGAUGUCCAAGAGGGCCCCGCGGUUCACAUCGCGGGACAGCAUCUCAAUGAGUUCGUCGAUAGUGCGGCAGAGCCCAUGGAUUCGCAAGUCAUAGCAGUGUCCAACUCUCAAAAGAUCCUUGAUGUUGCUCCGUGCGAAAGUCACAUUGAUAUCAUGACGCAACUUGUCAAGAUCCACGGCUAUCUCAGCCGCCACCCUGUUUCUUUUGGAGAGUCAGUCAAGCACUUUAGCGAGCGUGUCCGUGAUUUUCUCUCACAAGCGACUGGCGAUUUGAGCCUCAGUUCGACUUUGGUGCAUUGCUGUGGUGGCCGUUGA